AUGACGGCGGUCCUGCAAGGUCUUCAGACGACGCUAGCACACCUCGCCAAGAACUCGGAACUGCAAACAGAAGCCAUUCAGAAUUUGAAGGAGGAGUUUCUUCUCUGCUCUGGGGACGAAAAUACUGAAGAUACAUCUGCGAUGGAUGAUAAUACAAGUGAUAAUGUGCUAGAUAUAGUGGCCACUCUCAACAAUGUGCUCGACUCAAGCAACCACAGCAAGACGGCCUCUGUGAAGAGCCCUGAAUCAGGGUCUCAGAGCGCAUUGGUAGACAGCCUGACCCAGGCGUUAACCACAUCUAAAGUCACAUCCCCUGCAAUUGAAGGCAAAAUUGCCGAAUUAAUCGAUAAUAUGCUUAUUGGGGAAUUAUCGGCCGAAACGGUCAAGGAAAGAGUGGAGAAACAUCCACCGCCAGAAAACUGCAAAUUCCAGGCCGUGACAAUGGUGAACGAAGAAAUCUGGGACUUGUUGCCCAGAAAAAGCCGAACUGUGGAUUUGGCUUUCCAACGGGUUCAGGAACCCUUGUUACAAGGAAUAUCGGCCCUGACCAAAUUGGUGGGCAAAUUGGUGAAAGACAUCAAUGAUGGCAAAACACUAGAUACUCGGCAUGUGCUAGAUCAUGUGAUGGAUAGUGUCGCAAUGCUAGGAAACACAAAUUGGAAUCUCAACAUGAAGUGA